AACAGUAAACUCAAGUCGUGCAUUUCAUCUUUGCUACAGUCAGCAGAAUGUUGAUCCCUUUGCUGACACUAUUCGUGUGUCUACUUAUUCUGGUCGUUGUGAUCAUAAACUUUGUGAACACCGUGCAAGCAAAGUACGGUUUUGCGAAGAACUUGCCAACCGUAACGCGAGCUGACGAGUCGAUAGUGAAACUUUUAUGGCGACUAGUGCGAGCCUCGGACGUGGACAAAUUCAACCGAGUGGUGGAAGCUUUCUCCCUUCCGUAUCGUCUGUGGAAAGUGUGGCUUGGUCCGGUAGUAUGCCUCGGAGUUUGCCAUCCGGAUCUAGUGCAGAUCGUUCUAACACAUCCCGAUUGCCUGGAGAAACCUUUCAUCUACCGUUUCAUACGGAUCAAUCGAGGAUUGCUGGUGGCAGAAGCUGAACUAUGGAAACGGCAUCGGAAAGUUCUGAAUUCAGCGUUCAAUUUACGAAUACUGCACGGUUUCAUUCCGAUAUUUGAAAAGUGUUGCAGCAGGAUGGUUAGCGAUUUGAAGCAAAUGAAGGAUGGCGAAACUUUUGAUGUGAUGCGUUUCACAGCCCGAUGUACUCUUGAGAUGGUGUUCGAAACGAGUUUGGGAACCGGGUGCUUACCGCCUAGUGAAAGUGAUUGUUUGAUUCGUCAUAUAAAAAGAUUUUUCAACAUCGCUUCCAGUCGCUUUUUAAACGUGCAUCUGCAUUAUGAACCCAUUUUUCGACUGACACAGAGAUCUAAAAAGGAAACAGAAUCAUUACAUUAUUGUAACACCGUUGUCAAGCAGUUGCUGACUGAAAAAAGACAAAACGUGACGAAAACUCCUGAAACUCCGGAUGAUGAAUUUGGAAAACCACGCAUAUUUGUGGAUCAAUUACUGAGGCUGGGCAACUCGUUCAGCGAAACGGAUAUCAUUCACAACGUUUUCACUAUGAUCAUCGCGGGCAACGACACAUCGGGGCAGCUCAUGGCAUAUGCCUGUUUGUUCCUUGGGAUGUAUCCACACAUCCAGGAGAAAGUUCACGCGGAAAUAGUCGAAAUCAUCCCUCGGCAUCACAACGAGCCCAUUUCGCCGGAAAAGCUGAAAUCCCUCGCCUAUACGGAGAUGUUCCUGAACGAGUGUCUACGCUUGUGCCCUACAGCUCCGAACAUCGUAAGGCAAAACAUGGCCCCAAUCACGCUGGACGAAACCAGAAUUCCAGCGGGAAACUUGCUGGCGAUAUCGCUGUUCGCUUACCAUCGUCGCAAGGACAUUUGGGGUCCGGAUGCGGACGAGUUCGAUCCGGAUCGCUUUUCGGCGGAACGGUCUGCCGGAAGGCAUCCGUUUGCGUUCCUACCGUUUAGUGGGGGUUCGAGGAAUUGCAUCGGAUGGCGCUACGCUAUGAUAAGCAUGAAGCUGAUGUUGGUCUAUCUGUUGCGGGAGUUUAAAAUCAAGACUGACAUUCGACACCAAGAUAUGGCGUUCAGAUUCAACGCUGCGUUGGUUCUUGCUGGAAAGCAUUUGGUAAGAGUGGAGAGAAGAGUGUGAGCGAUAUAACAAAUAAAUUUACUUUUUUCAACAGUAAUAAAUUUUGUCCAAAGAAAA